CAUUUGGAACAGAAUCUUGAAAUAACUCGGCAGCAAGCAGACUAAAGCCCCGGCCUUUUUCUCACCGGGUCCUUCCAGGGUCUAGUGCUCUCCCCCCAACACUGCAGCACAGACGCCGGGAGAAAGAGGCAGCCCCGAGACCCCGCACGCUCCGGACCGACUCGGGGCUGCCCGCCCGGCCGCCCCGCCUCCGGGGACCCCGAGUCACCGGAAUUUUCCCGCGAUGACGCGGGGCGCGCGCACCAGGUCCCAGAGUGCAUUGCGGGUACGUGUGUGUGCACGCGCGCGUGCGCGAGCCUCCACUGCCGAGAGAACGCGGGAAAAUUCCAAAAAAGUUAAAAAACAAAAUAAUUAAAAAAAAAAAUCCAGCACGAGGCCAAACUCUUAUUUUCAAGCCACAAAACCUAGGCCUUGGCGUCCUUUCCGCUACUGGCCAAAUUGCUGAAGCAGCUCUGGCGCGGACCACCCGGCCACUGUGAAAAGGUCUAUCACCCUUUCAUGAGAUGGCUCAAGACUCAGUAGGCCUUUCUUCUGAUUAUCAGUUUUGGAUAAAGAAACUUUCUACAUGGGAGCAGGCCUCCAAUUUGGAAACCCAGCAAGAUACCUGUCGUCAUCUACCUCAGUUCCAAGAAUUCCUGAAGCAUAUGAAUAAGACCUUGAAGGAGAUGGAUUCAAAAACAAUCAUGAAAAACUUUCCUACAAUUGGUCAACUGUUGGCAAAAGCUUGCUGGAAUCCUUUUAUCUUAGCAUAUGAUGAGAGCCAAAAAAUUCUUAUAUGGUGCUUAUGUUGUCUAAUUACUAAAGAACCACUGAAUUCUGCAGAGUCAAAACUUAAUUUCUGGACACGGGGGUUGCUAUCUCAUAUACUUUCGACAUUCAGAUUAGAUAUGAAUGAAGUUGGUACUUUCACUCAAGGUCUUGGAUAUGAACCUGCAGAUUACUGUCCUGCUUUGCUUAACAAUAUGGUUUCAUCAUUAGUGUCUGAACUGCAGGAGAAUCAUCUUAAUGGAUUUAACACUCAAAAACGAAUGACUCCUGGACACAUAAGGUCCCUGUCACAAGUUUGUGUCCCACUUAUUACUCUGCCAGAUGUUGGACCACUAGUAGAGGCUCUGCUUACUUACAGAGGACACGAACCUCAAGAAAUGCUCUGCUCUGAGUUCUUUGAAGCUGUGAAUGAGGCGGUUUUGCUGAAGAAGAUUUCACUCCCUACUCCAGCCAUAGUCUGUCUCUGGCUUCAGCACCUACCAAGCCUUGAAAAAGCAGUACUGCAUCUUUUUGAAAACCUAAUCUCCAAUGAACAGAAUUCUCUGAGAAGGAUUGAAUGCUUUGUGAAAGAUUCGUUGCUGCCUGAAGCAGCCUGCCACCCUGCCAUAUUCAGAAUGGUGGAUGAAAUGUUCAGGUACACACUUCUGGAAACCGAUGGCGCCCGAGAAAUACGAGCUGCUAUUCAGGUGUUUACACAGUACUUUCUAGAAGCUCUGGAAAAAGAAAAUAAGCAGCUGAAGUUUGCACUGAGGACCUUCUUUCCUUAUGCGUCUCCAUCUCUUGUCAUGAUGCUACUCCAGCACCCGAAAGAUACCCCACAGAGACUUUGGCAUCAGUCACUGAAACAUAUGUCUGAGCUGCUCAGAGAAGUAGUUGAAGGAACAGCUCACAGGUCCUAUGGAGGUCCCUUUGAGAGCUGGUUUUUGUUUGUUCGCUUUGGAAGAUGGUCUGAUAUGGUGGCUGAGCAGUUGGUGAUGUCAGAAACUGAACCCCCUGAGGCCCUUCUGUGGCUCUUGGCAUUCAGCUACAGUCCACGUGAUGGGAGUCUUCAGAGAGCUCAGACCAUGGUAGAGGUAAGGGCAUUGCUUGGCUGCCUCAGGAAGCUGCUCAGAAGUUCCUCUCUCUUGGCCAGUGAGGUGCUGGCAGCAGCUCGAGAGUGUCGAGAUGGAGACCCCAGACCAGCAGAUGAAGAGAACCGAGAGGGCAAGCCCUGCCAACAGCUGGCCCACUGUCUCCUCCUGAACUUCUUGCUCUGGGCUCCUGGAGGCCACAGGAUUGCCCGGGAAGUCAUCACCCUUAUGGCCCAAACUGAUGAGAUAACCCAGGAAAUUAUUGGCCUUCUUGAGCAAACCAUCUAUAGGUGGGAUCAACUUUGCGUGGAAGCCCCUGAGUCAAGAGCACUGGUGAGAGAGCUCCUGGCAGAGUUAUGUGGACAAGCCUAGCCUGUGAAGGUGGAGCUGCCAUGCAAGGGCCAUGCUCCCUUGAAGCCACAUGUCAAAAUGUGUAGCCACAAGUCAGUGGAAUGAGACCCUCUCUGAACUGUGCAAAUGAGCUACAGACAUCCUGUGAGGGGUGCAUUUUGCAAAGUGAGAGAAGAUCAGUGCCUGAGCUGACGCUCAGAUACGCUCAUGAGUGAUAGGAUUAUGCCUUCAGCACCUUUUACACCUACUCAAGCCCACAAGACUUGAUCAGAGAAACAACUUAGUCAAGAGAGUACAUUUCUAUUUACGUUUCACCCAUAUCAAGUCAAUUAUUAUUUGUUUCACAUUCUAGAACCAAGCUAGACACUUAUAAAGUGAGCAAUUUAAUAAUGGCCUUUCCCCACAAAUCUCUCCUCUUAGAAAGCAGAUAAUCAUUAUUGGUAUUUCAUUUAAUCCAUGUGGACUUAAGGUAAAUCUAAACUCUCUUGCUUCCUUAAAAAUUUUCUCAGGGGGAGUCAGAUGUUGGCACCCCUGGUUAGGCACACAUCACAAUGCUAUGUACAUUACAUUACCCGGGUUUGAACCCCCAUGAAGAAAGCUUUGAGAGUGGUGAAGCAGUGCUGCAGGUGUCUCUGUCUCCCUCCUUCCCUAUCUUCCCAUUCCUCUCGAUUUUUCACUGUGCCAAUGAAAUAAAUAAAGGUAAUAAUAAUAA